GUCCUUUACGCUUGCGUCUGACGUAGAGAACGGAAGCGGCGACGUAACGACGUAACGACGUGUCGCCUAAACUUCAGGAAGGUGAAGUGAAAUAAAAUCGUUCCUCAAAUUCGGGCCUGUGGAGGACUUUUAAACCAACAUGGGAGGUUUGACGAGGUUCGGAGAGUUCCUGCUGUGGCUGUUCUUGGUGUACAGGAUGAAAACAGUGACCUGCCAGGUUAAUGUUGUGGGUUUUAUCGGAGACACCGUCCUGCUGCCCUGCUUCUACAGCGACGUCAGCGCUCUGAAAGACCCUUUCUCCGUCUUCUGGAGGGACAAAGACAACAGCAACGUACUGGACAUUAAAGAUAAUGCACCAGACAUUUCGGCACAGGGCGCGAAAUUCAAAAAUCGAGUGUCCAGUUUCCAGGAGCUGUACAAGAAGGGAAACUUCUCCAUCACCGUGAAGAACGUCCAGCAGUCGGACAGCGGCACGUACGAAUGUCACAUCCGGUCUGUGGACUUUGAGCAGAGAGUCUCGCUCAGCGUCUCAGGUAAACGUGUUGUAGCAGCAACUCCUCCUCCUGGACCAGCAGGUGGUGCUGUGGUAACACCAAACUCCCUCCACAUUAUUCUGCUUUCUGUUCCUCUGUCUUUGUUACUUUCUUAUAUUAACUAAGCAGAUGUUAGCACUUAAGAAGUGUGUGGAAACAAAAAGAGUUCUGUCCUAAAACUGCUCAAAUGGAAAAACAUUUGCUUCAAUUUCACGAAUGAAACAACCUUAAAGUCUCAGCUCUCCUUUAAAAAUUAAUCUACGUUUAGUUUAAUGUUGCACCGUUGAAUUCUCAUAGGAGGAAAUGACAAAAAUAAAUUAAUUAAUGACUUCAAAUUAA